AUGGCAUUCCUUUCUCUGUUCCUGCAUGUAUUAACAUUGCUCUCAUGGCUACCAACACUUGCAACCGCUUCACUUGCAAGAAACCAUACUGAAAUCCUUGGACUUCUGGCUAUCAAGUCGUGCAUCACUGAUGACCCACAAGGUGUUCUUGUCUCAUGGAACACCUCCUUCGGUUUCUGUCAAUGGCAAGGUGUUACAUGUGGUCGCCGACAUCCCAGAGUCACCAAAUUAGACCUUGGAUCUAGAGGCAUCGUGGGUUCUCUGUCCCCUCAUAUAGGAAACUUAAGUUUUCUUAGAGUGAUAAACCUAGAAAGCAACACCUUUGAAGGUGUAAUUCCACCUCAAUUAGGAAAUUUGUUUAGGUUGCAGAUUCUAAAUCUCGGCAACAAUUCUUUUGAAGGAGAAGUUCCAGCCAGUUUAUCAAAUUGUACUAGGCUAAACGUUCUUUGGUUGGGUCGUAAUGAUCUAGUUGGCAAGCUUCCACAAAAGCUUAGUGCACUGGUGAACCUGAUGACCAUAAACAUUCAUACGAAUGGUUUUACAGGAGAGAUACCAUCUUUCUUGGGAAACUUCACUUCUCUGAAAGUCUUAUCGGCCAGAGCCAAUCAUUUAAGUGGAAUCAUUCCACAUACUUUAGCUUUUUUUAGCAUACCUGGGAAUCAAAUCAGCGGAACUUUACCAAUAGAUAUAGGCUUGCAGCUACCCAAUCUUGAGAUUUUUCAGAUAUGGGGUAACAAAUUUACAGGAAUCAUUCCCUUCUCAUUUUCUAACUGUUCAAACUUGGUAGAGCUCAACAUGGCCGAAAAUGGUUUUACUGGGAAGGUUAACAUAGAUUUCAGACAUAUGCCAAAUCUAUGGUAUCUCGCUUUAUUUAAUAACAGUUUAGGGAGUUUGGAACCUGAUGAUAUGAAGUUCAUUGAUUCCAUGGUCAAUUGUAGCAAACUUGAACAGUUAUCUGUUCAUAUAAACCAAUUGAAUGGAGUUCUUCCUAGCUCUAUAGGCAACCUCUCAUCUCGACUAACAUCUCUAGCAUUUGGGGGAAACUUCAUUUAUGGGACCUUGCCUCCUGGGAUUGGGAAUCUUUUUAAGUUAGAGCGACUGAUUAUGUUAGCCAAUCAGUUCACGGGCGUAAUUCCGUGUGAACUUGGUAAUCUACAAAACCUAAAACUUAUAUACUUAGGUUACAACAACUUCACCGGGAACAUUCCAAAAUUUAUAGGAAUCCUGUCAUUGUUAGAAAAGUUGCACUUACAAAAAAAUAGAUUAGAAGGACAUAUACCUCCCAAUCUUGGUAACUGCAAGAAUUUGGUAUCAUUGGACUUAUCCGUUAACAAUCUUAGUGGCUCCAUACCGUUUGAGCUUUUUCAACUACGAGCCUUGUCAAGCACUCUAAACCUUUCUCAAAACCGUUUAGGAGGUUCGGUUCCCGAAGAGAUAGGUAGGCUCAUAAGCUUGACGAAACUCGACCUGUUACAAAAUGAUCUGGUUGGAGCAAUCCCAAAUGCCAUCGAGGGCUGCACAAGCCUUGAGUACCUAUACCUGGGUGCUAAUUUCUUUGAAGGUCCGAUACCUCCCUCAAUUAGUACUUUAAAAGGUAUCAUGAGCCUUAAUCUUUCCAAAAACAACUUUUCCGGUCAAAUUCCGAACUUCUUAGUGCAACUAAACUUGUCUUCAUUGGAUUUGUCGUUCAACAAUCUUGAUGGUGAGGUACCAUCGGAAGGUAUUUUCAAGAAUGCGAGUUUGAUCUCGAUCGAGGGGAACGAUAGGCUUUGUGGAGGCCUUCCUGAACUUCACCUGACCAAUUGUGCCAUAGCAUCAAGAAGGUCAAAGACAGGUUCUCGAACAUCACGUCUUAUUCUAAUUGUCAUUCCAAUUUGCGCGCUUUUAGUUGUAGGAGUGGUGUUGUCUUUUUUCUUUUAUUGGAAAAAAAGGAAGGCACAAGCAAAACCAUCAGCAGAAGCUUCAUACGUGCAACCGUUUUCAAAAGUAUCUUAUGAAAAAAUACUCAGAGCUACCAGUGAAUUCUCUCAACAAAACUUGAUUGGGACAGGGACUUUUAGUGCUGUUUAUAAGGGUAUUCUUGCACCAGAUAAUGGAAUGGUCGCUAUCAAGGUUCUAAAGCUUGGAAACCAAGGAGCUUUGAAGAGUUUCAUGACGGAGUGUGAGGCUUUGAAAAACAUAAGGCAUCGUAAUCUUGUAAAAGUCAUUACUUCUUGUUCAUCCAUUGAUUUUCAUGGUAAUGAUUUUAAAGCUCUUAUUUACGAGUUCAUGCCAAAUGGGAAUCUUGAAAGGUGGCUACAUCCAAGUUCAGAACAAGAGAUUGAGAUCGAAGAAGCUCCUCCACAAAAAUUGACCCUUCGCCAAAGAGUAAUGAUUGCAACAGAUGUAGCUCACGCCAUGCACUACCUCCACCAAGAGUGUGCGGUAUCCAUAAUUCACUGUGAUCUGAAGCCAAGCAACAUCUUACUUGACAGUGACAUGGUUGCUCACAUUGGUGAUUUCGGGUUGGCAAAGUUUCUGCCAUUAAAACCACACGAAAGCAGUUCAGUUGGAUUAAGAGGGACUAUUGGGUAUGCACCUCCUGAGUAUGGCCUCGGAGGUGAGAUGACAAAAGAAGGGGAUAUUUACAGCUUUGGGAUAUUAUUAUUAGAGAUGAUAACAGGAAAGAGACCAACCGAUCACGUUUUCCAAGAAGGAUUGAAUCUCCAUAGCUAUGUGACUAUGGCUUUGCCUGAUCGUCUAAUGGAGAUAAUUGAACUGACGCUAUUGUCUAUCACUCAGGAAGAAAUGGAAGUUGCAAAUGUCAACCAUGAGGAUUUAGCUAAAGAGGGGGAGAGGUUGGAGGAAAGCAUGAUUUUAUUGGCAAGAAUUGGCUUGGCAUGCUCCUUGGAAUCUCCGAAACAGAGAAUGUACACAAGCAAAAUCAUCCAAGAGUUGCAUCACAUCAAUAGUCUCUUAUGA